AUGCCUAAAAAGGCCUGUGUUUAUAGAAUGGAAAAGAAUGGAAAGGAAAGGGAUGUGGUGGUUUUAGCACAGGCAACAUAUUUGAACAUGAGCAGAAGGGAAGAUUCAGAACUCCGAAGUGAGGCAAUUGUGGACCCCAUAACCAGAAACGUGGCAACGUGUGGAACAGAGGGAAUCAAAGGAAGAAAUCGUGUUGGGGCAUGCGCCGCCCUACAAAAGUCAGGGCCCACAACGACAUUGAAAUUCAUCGAAAUGUGGCUACAAGCAAUCGAAACACACGUUGCUACCUACCCUUGCGAAGAAGCAAGCAGGUGA